AUGAAUAAUGGAUCUCUCCCAAGUGUCGACUCGACUGCGGGGCAAUUCCGCCAGUUGUGGCCCCGCAUCACCGACGACAGCAAUCUCACACUACAUGGCUUUCGGCGCUACAAGACGACACAUCUGUUGAAUCUCCGUUUCCUAGAGGAAGAGAUUGCAAAGCUCGAUCAUUCCAUCUACCAGGCAGGUCUCAGUCUAGGGCACGAGCCAUCGGCCCGCGACAGGUUGGGACUAAAGAACAGCAAGACGGACUCCAACGUACCUGAUGUCAGAGAAACUAUAACACGAGAAAUGGUCCUGCAGCUGCGUAGCUUGAUACAGCAAUACGAUGAUGCCCUCCUAGCCUUUGGCCAAAUCAUGGCGAUGGAGACCGUGUCACUCUUGGACGAUGAGAAAACAUCGAGCAUGCGCACAGACCUGACACUCCAUGAGAUGUACAAGACUCGUCUCAUCCGCGCGGAUCUUGGUACGCGAUCCCGCACCGAUCCUUUUCAGCGCUGGAUACACCAGCAGUUGCGGGAUUUCCGUUACUGGAGGGCCUCUAAGAAACAGAACAGCCCAGGAUCGUUCAUGUCACUACCUAAGGACCAUUGGUCACAGCAGAACACCGUCCUGGUGGCCAAUAUCGCUGGACGAUUUAUUACUGCAACCGUCGCGGGAGUCUCCCUGGUGGUUCCCCUCGCCAUUCUGUCGGCUUCGUCAUCCAAAGUCACCCAGCUAGCCGUCGUCUCAGCGUGCAUAGUGAUAUUCUCUCUUCUUGUUGCAGCUAUGUUGAAGGUGUCGAAUUACGAGAUGAUGGUGGUGACAGCUGCCUAUGCUGCAAUCCUAUCCGUAUUCGUGUCGAAUAACUAA